UCUGAAAUGUAAAAGUCUUUCUCAUCUCGUUUUACAUUUGAACAACAAAGAUUUUGCUAGGCGUGACUAUUUAAAGGUGAUUUAUGUAAUGUAAAGCAGGAUCUAUGGAUAGAAAUCAAUAUGAUAUUCAGGGGGUAUUAAGACAUUACAUAAUGAAGCGUUACGUUUUUAUCACCUAAGAAUGAGCUAUUUCUAUCUACAUACACCACGGGUCCCCUUACAUGGAAUUCCCCAUGUUGAUUCUACAGUGGCCCUAAACGGACAAACUGCUCUACAGAGCGAGUUUCAUGAAUACAUUAACUCCUUCAGCGAAGAGAAAACGUGACCACAAUCAGUCCUUUGUCACCCACUGUAGUGCUUCAAAAGAAAGGGAUGGACCUGUUGGAUGCAAUUCGCAACAUCACCACUAGAUGCGGCCAAAUGUCAUACACUGGGCCUUUAAAUCUUAAUGUUGUCCCUUUAAAAAGCAUAUAGUGAUUUUCUCUCUAGAAUUUCUUUUCUUAUUUUCUUCGUUGAAAUUAUUCUGGCGUUGAAAGGCAUAUGUAGCUAUUACCAAGUCUCAUAUUUAACCAACGCCAUAAAGUGCUCUACUUCGCAGCUUAUACUGGCCAAUUUAAAUCCACUUACAUGAAACUCUGUAUGGCAACAGGCAGUUCAUCAGUUUUAUUUUCCCAUGCCAUUUUAAUAGAGUUUUACCUCAGAUGCACUCAACAUGCUACUCUCUAAACACGCUUUUGUUUCCCAAAGGAUUGUUGAAAAUGUCUCCAAGCUCAGAUUACCCAAUGUUAUUGUCAAAUGAAAUCUAUCAGCUGAUCAUUGAAUGCACUGCGGUUGUGCCGUCUGAGAUAAACAAUGCAAGAACAGUGCAAUGAGAGUCCAUGAACUCAUUAGUCAAUAUGUUGUUAUGCAUUACACUCAUUCUUGUUCCCAACAACAAAUAGAAGGCCUUUUAAAAGAUGUGUUUGCCUCUAAAGAGGUGUGUUUUAUUUAAUAACUUGCAUUGUGUAUACUAGACAUGUCAGUGUUAUACUGGGUGUGUGUACCCAGGCAUUAAAAGCCCCUGACACCUGCGAAAUGCUUGUGGUUUUGCUGGGUGUAUUUUGCACUGUUUGUAUGUCAUCAUACGGGUUGGACAGUUGCGUACUCGAUGUUCUCAACUAAGGGUGAGGGUUCUGAGAAUCACACAAUGCAUGACUGCAAAUGUGUACAUCUCUUUUCCAGCCGUUGUAUUUGCUUCAGGUCAUGUAGCUGUCUCUUUAAGGACGCAACGUGUACUAUGAGUUCCCGCUCGUCUUGUUCUAUUUUCAAAGAACUCAUUUCAAAGUCACAGGCUGUGAAAUGUAAGUGCUAAAUAGCUUCGAUGACGUAAACCACUUAGAAACAAAAGAGGCGUGCCAAGAGUCUCUUUGUGAGCUUUACUUUUCUGUUCUCCUCGCUGCUUCUAUCAAUUGCAGCCGCCCACACACCCUCGCACGAGCACAAGGGGGCUGACAAACACUGGGGCUCCCCACACGUCACGUGCCGGUGUGGUAGCGCUUCGUUCCAGGAAGAACCUCCCGUAGUGCGGGGAGGAACAUCUGCGCGGUUUGUUCUCUGUCGCUCACAAGUGUCUUACUGAAGUCGUCUGUAGGGAGGUGAGAAAAGUUUUUUUUUUUUCUAGGACGUAGGUCACAGCUGCCGAUAAUCUCACGUUGCACUGGUGAGUCAUGACUCAUUGAGAGUGACUCAUUUGGUGCAGGCUCUCCAAAUCCUUUUAUGGCUCUCGCCGGAGCAACUAAUGAUAACAGGUGGUUAUCAGUUAGACAGGUACCAUAUCAAGUGUACAUAUUGACUGUGUGACAAAAUUCCAGUAAUUGUACAGUAUACAGUGCAUUGAAUUUAAAUCAGAAACAAAUAUGAGCGGCCACUCUGAAUGUUUGACGAAGAUAAAUGGAAAGAACUACAGUCUGCCUUAUUUAAAAAAUAUUUUUUUCUGGAAACAUGUUUUGUGGAAACCUAAAGAUAUUGUCUUUAACAGAAUUCGCUUUUCAAGGACUACAGAGAACGGCUGGAAUCGGUCUAAAGCCCUCUACUUCCCGGGUACAUGAUGUCAUUAUUCCGAGUGCUUUUAAAAACCUCCGUCAUUAGCUCACAUUAGCUCCUUGCAUUCUUGAAAUGCUUUUUUCGAGAAGUUCCCACAUACGCCGGGCACUUGUUGGCCACUCUUUAUUUGACGCUCAGUACAGUUCAUCCAAUUAUAAAAAAGUCAGAAUUACAGUUGAUACUGAUACACAGAUAUGUAUUUGUCAACCAAAUGUUGCAUUUAAGCGUAGGCCUAAGCCAAAACUUUCACCUUAUUGGAAAUCCAACAACUCCUUAAGACUCUUUAGUGUGUACCGCAUAUUCAGAGUACACCGACUUUAUAAGAAAAGUGAUUCACAAUACAAGUAUUUCCAUGUCAGCUCCAUCCCCCACAACACAAGACGCCGAAUGAAGCCUCUCACAAGUGAUAAACAGAGGCUAAACGUCCCUCCUGUCCAAACGGGGAGACAGAUGGACCGGGAGAGACCAUGUGCCUCACACAUUUCCAUUUUUGACCGUGCCGGCAGUUGUCCUCCUAAAAUAACCCCCAUUCCUCACGACCUUAUUUGUGCAAGGCCUGUGCGAGACCAUAGUCUGGAGGAGAUUCACAUAUCCAGGCCACGUAACACACACCACGCUCUCGUUGUGGCUUUGCGGGCCAGAAUACAGCUUGGUGUGAAAGUGGUGGUCCGUUACUAUAUGAUCUGCAUUUCAAACUCGCUAUGCAUCUCAUAGAACUGGAUCAGGAGUGUUUAUUACACCUUUUUUCUUAUCUUGACAAGGAUAGUCGCCGGAGCCUGUCUUUGACCUGCUGGCGGCUACGAGAUGUCUUCCUGGACCCUCAGCUAUGGAUGCUUCUACACUUCAGGUCUCCCUGCGAGCUAAAGAGGGACAACUUUGUUUUGGGCCCGUCGCUGAGGUACCUGGCGAUAUGCUGGCACUCCAGCAGGGUGAAAGUGUGUAACAUCGAGGACUGGAUGAAGACCACAUUCCAGAAGGAUCUCUGCAGCAAGCACGAGAGCCUCGUCAGUGACUUCCUGGAGCGUGUUUGCUACAUGUGUCCAAAUUUACGCUCUCUGACUCUUUCUGGAUGCGGCCACAUAACGGAUGACAAUGUCAUCAAGGUGCUUCGGAGCUGCAGGGGUCUGCGUAGUCUGAGUCUAGAGAACUGCUCCCGGAUGACGGACUCCAUCCUGAAGGCUGUGGUGGACCCUGGACACAAUCUCGCAGAAGUGAGGGUGGACUUCUGCCGCAACGUGACCAAGGCAGGGCUGCAGGAGGUCAGAGAGAAGAGACCAGAAAUACACUUGAGCGCAGUGCACAGUGCAGAUAUGAUUCCAGACAGCAAGCCAGAGGAGAAGACGCAGAUCAGGAGAGCUCUGCAGAAGUUCCUGAUCUUCUCCUGAGACCUAUGAGACAUUAAGACCUCAAGUUGAACAUUCAGACUAUUCCUUUUUUAGAUGUUUUUAUUAUUUUAUACUUUUUAAAAGUGUCAAAUUUGGGGGAUUUCUUCUAGUUUCCAAAUCUUUAUAUAAUAAGUUUUCUGUUAAAUGUAACUGCAGUGUUCCAUAUUAAUAUUCACUCUUUUGUGAGUGAAACUUUUGUGUUAUCAGCAAUUGGCUCAUAUGAUUCCAGUACUCAUUCUUUGGACAUUCACUUUGGACAUUUCUUUGUCUAUUGGAUUUCCUUAAAAUUACCUGUCGGUCACGUAAACAGGACAAACAAUAACUGGCCCAACCACACAAUUACAACCAAAGUCUUUUUGAUAUGUAUUUAAAUAUAUUGCAACACAGCAUGCAUAAUCUAAGUUUAGCUCUGGAAAUACUCAUAUUUCAUUUUUUCCUCAUUGUGGGUAUUUGGAUGUCUUCCCAGUUAUGCAAAAAGAACUUGGCACAGCACAGAAUUUAAUUAACAUCGUGUAAUACAUUUGAGGAUAAUUCAGUCCAGGCUGCUGGAUACAUUGAGUUUACAAGUGGUAUUAAAAUACAUGGUAAAGUAACAGAUAUCAUAUGAAACUGAAAAUAAACUAAAAAUAAAACUGUCUACAGUAUAAAUGCACAACACCCAAUAUCCAAUUGUGAAUCCUAAAUCCUCCUGGGUUGGUAUUUACGAGUUUGAAAGUCAUGGUUUUGUGAAAAGUGACUUGCAAAGCUUCAUAUGUACAGUAUUUAUCUUUUUUAUUUGUUGAAAGAUUUAAGAAGGUUUAAAACUAUUGCAACAAAAGUGAACGACAAAUAAUGCACAUUAAGUGAGAAAUGUAUGAAAAUUUGGAAUGGAUGCAAAAUUUUAUUGCUGAUUUCUGUCAGAUCAUGAACUGGCUCAAUUCUUAAUGAAUUUUGAUAUUAUUAUAAUUUAAUUUCUAUAUUAAACAUAAAUUUGUGUUUAUAAACAACUUUCAGCAUUCACAAGUACAAUUUAUUCUGAUUGGAAACUGUUUGCGUGCACCAUUUUUUAUUAAAAUUCCUAUUAAAAGGAACCUUGUAUCUCCACAUGAUUUUUUGUUGUUAUCAUAAAUCAUUAUUAUAAGUCACCUGUUAUGUUCGUCACUGGGUUUUGCAAAUAUCUAACCAAUAAAAUCUUUUAUUGCUUGUAAA